AUGCUCCGGCGCGCGCCGCUGCCGGCCGAGCCCCCGUACCCGGGACCCCCCCUCACCACCGCCAUCAACGGGAAGCCCUUCUGCCCCAUCGGGGCUGCAGGCAGCACGAAGGGCUGCAGAGGCGGCUCCCAGGCGGAGCUGGGCUGCCCGCUGGCAGCACCCGCGGGUGCCCCCGGGCCCCCGGCGCUGGCCAAGGCCAAGGCCAAAAAGCGGAGGAACAGGACAACCUUCAGCACCUUCCAGCUCGAGGAGCUGGAGAAGGUUUUCCAGAAGACCCAUUACCCGGACGUCUACGCGCGGGAGCAGCUGGCCCUGCGCACCGAGCUCACCGAAGCCAGGGUGCAGGAAAUCAUCACCGGAGACAGCUCGGAAUGA